AUGUUUGCUCGAAGAAUUGUUUCCGUCAUGCGCUCGGCCCAGGCGGAGGAUUCUAAGGACGCGGAAACAAUUGCGAAAGCCCAGGCGGGUAUCCUCUCCAGAGGCCACUUGAAUGGCGGAACCAAUUUUCGCCACCAGCGGAUCCCGGCCGGUCCCGCCUUCCGAGACCGGAUCCAGUACAAGAUUCUCGACCUGAUCAGACGCACCGGUAUGGCGCUAGGCCGGACCACGAGCCAACGAGCCAACGAGCGUGCGGGUCUUGUGGGCCUCAAACGCCAGUGA